AACAACACAGGCACUUCCAGCAGUACUCGCCAUGUACUAGUCUGCAUUUGUUAUGAUACGCCACUCGCCACCAGAGCCGUUACUGUUUCCGCGUAGAUGUGUUUUCCUGCAUAUAUAUAACAAGAUAAGAGGGAUUUCACAGAUGAAUAGAUGAGAGAGGCUGAUGAUUCUGCCGAGAAGCGGGCGGAAGAGGCGAGGGUGGAAACCGGCCCUUCUGAGCUCGUUGGAAAGGUUUUGCACUGGCGUAACUAGAUGAUUUUCUAGUAAUGGAGUCCUUGGAAUUUAGGGACGUUAGGGGUGAUUUGAUAUUCGUGGAGGCGAGGUUGGAGCCCGCAUCCUGCAACAAAAGGGCCACGGAAUUCAGUGUAAGUAGCAGCCGCAUCCAGUUUCUACCAUGGCUGGGAUAUACAAGUGUCCUAGCAGCCAUAGCCUUUUUAGCUCAACUACAUACACUUCACCCAGCGUGGCUUCUCACGGCAGUCUUAACACAGCUGGCAACGCUUUUGUACAGAGUUCAUCGAAAAGUUGUUAGUGAAACUUUACUUGUCGUAGCUGGCCUUGGGAUCCAGACAACUACUACCUUCUACACCGGGCGGCAACACACACGCUUUAUUCCUUGGGGAGACAUUAUUGAUGUUAUUAUUGCAGAGACAAUAACCAUGCAACGUGUACUGUUCUACAUGGCUCUACUUGUAAGAGCUGAAGGGACCAAAGCUAACCAGAAACUAUUACCUCUCUUUAUGAAUACUUGGCCACGGUUAGCCUGCUUGCGGCAUAUCUACUGUGCAUGCCAAGAAGUUCUCUCACCAAGUUCUAAGUUAAAAUGAUAUUUGAUGCUGCUGUUGUAAUGAUAAAAGUGAAAGAUGUGCUCCGUUGCACAGUAUUUUGAGAAAAGUAUGUCAAUGAUUAUGUGUUAUUGUUAUGUGAUAUUUAUAGGAGAAGUUACAUGGAGCUGUUUUAGUCAGAUUAGACCUUUGUUACUUGUGUUUCACAUGUAACUUUUCACCUUGAAAAUAUUUAAAAGAUUUAUGUAAUAAUCCUGUCAUAGAAAAUACUAAUCAAAAGGAGUUUUCAUCUUUAAAGUCAUUCAUAUUCUCAAAAAUGUAUAUUAUUAUUUGUUGUGACAACAAGUUUCAACAGACACACAAGAGAUAAUUUUAUAACUUUUAUAGAAUAAUUAUGUAAUAUGAUAAUUAUGGAAGUAAGAAUCCCAAACUUUUUAAACUGUUUCAUUGGACUCUUACAAGGUGAAUGAUAAGGUUACCCUCAGGUGGGAAAAAAACAAAAACAUGGCUGGGGAUGACCUAGCAUUAAAGGUCAAAGCAUUGAUAAGUCUCUGCAUAGAGUGUUACUGCAUCAGUUGUUAUUCUGCCGUUGGAUCCAGUCUUUGAACAUGCAAAGCCAGUACUGCCAAUUCUUGCAGAUUAUGCUCCUAGAAAGUAUUAAAGUUUACUGCUCAGUUAAAAUGUUCCCAAUAAUUUAAGAUCUUUAUCUACCUGAUUAUUGAAUAGUGCAAUAGAUGUUGAACAGCUUUCAAAGGAUACAAAUAUGUCACAGUGGUAAAAGGCAUUAUUCAGUGAUAAGGGCUUUGGUUAUAUUUAAAUAGACUUUGCAUUUCCUGAAUGCAUAUUGAAUGAUCGGAGUAAAUCAGAAUGGUUCUGCAACAGUGCUAUUACAUUAAUCAAUGAAUAAAAGUUCCUUAAAUGUUUUAUGCCAUUAGAUAUGAUUACAGAUUUCUUUUACUAUAUUUUGUCAGUGGGCUCAUAGCAUCAGAAAGUAUGACAUUUGUAUGAAGUAUUGUCAGACAGACUUAAAAUGAUUUUCUAAGCAGGUUUGAUGGAUAAGUUACUUUGGAAUCUACAGUUUUGAAAAGUGCUGUUGCUAAUGUUUUUAUUACUAGUAUCAUUAGCUUUUAUAUGUAGACCAGGUGCUAUGACUGGAUUCUAAAUGUAACUUUUAUUUACUGUUAAAAGUACUUUAACCCUUUGCUGCCAGGUGUCAUGUAAGUACAUGCCAUGGCAUGUACUUUGCUGCCGGGUGGCACGUGCAUAUGUGUCAUGGUGUGCUAGUCCCUUUUUCUGGGGGCAUGUAUGGUCAGGCCGCGCAUGCUAUGGUGCUGACAUGAUCCCCCGGCAGCAGGGCCUGGGCCACUAUGAAUACAGCCCAGAAGAGAGGAGUUUUGUAUUGGGAAACCACUCGGUGGCAUUGGGUUAAGGCUCUGUAGAUCAUUUGUAAAGCUAUCAUUCUAUAUGUGAUACCUGCAGGAGGUAUAUUUGAUUUCAACAAUAGAAGUGCCAUUAAUGUAAAUAGGAAAUAAAUAAUAUACAAUAUAUAAAUUCAAGUAUAAGUCAUUGCAGGUACAGAAAAAAAAAUAAUUAAUGAUUCUAGACUUGUUCUUUAAGAUAAUUUUGUGUCAGUAGAAGGAGGCAAGCAAGAUUUCUAAACAAUUUGAUUUGCUACUUUUGUGUACAUGUUAAAUUUUGAUUUUAAUUGAUUUUGGAUAAACAAUUGCAGUGACCUAUAAGCAGGGCCAGAUUAUGACCUUUUGGGGCCCUUAGGCUAAUAAAAUUAUGGGGCCCCUGAUCUCAAACAAAUGGCUUCAAACUGGGGCCCCUUAUCUCAAAUAAAGGGCCUCAAACAGGGGCCCUGUAUCUCAAAUAAGGGGCCACAAACAGGGGCCACUUUUUUUU